AUGAUAAAGGCUGAGUUCAAGGCUAACUUCAAUCAACACAAAUGGAAUCAAAACCUGUCGCACAUUACGACUGGUUUCAUCUCCAAUCUGCCAUCGCAGAAUCGUGUUCGAGUUGACGAGGCCUUUGAGGGUAGCGUGGCCUCAUCUCUUUUCGACUACACCAAUACCACGAAGGAUGGUCUGGUUAAUAACAUCCUAAUCACCUUCAAUGACAACUCGACUGAGCCAACUAUCUGGAGCGGUUACGUCAACUCCAACUUCCCUUUGUUCCCGAAAGACAUACUGGUCAACUAUGGCGCUGUCUUCGGCGGUCUUGUCCGGCGACGAUUCAAUGAAGGCCUUGUGGCAGCUUGGAACAUCAUGUACCAGGGAGCUAUUCCUGUGACGGUCUAUGUGGACAACUGCAAUGUCAUGGUCGGUUACGAUUAUUUUUCGCCUGGAUUGCGUACCAAGGUAAUCACCGAGUACUUCAAUGUUCAAGCCUAG